AGUGUAUUAAGAAAGGGAAGGGGAAACAAUACCUUUCAGAAAUGUGAGUGAGUGUUGGACCGAAAGAGGCAAACUCCAGCCAGCAGGCUCCCCUCCAGCUAAUACUCUGCAAAGCUGCAGGUAACAGCCCUUGCUUCCCCUACCCAAACCGGUUAUAGUCCGGAAAUCAGCCCCCACAAUGCCACCUCUAGUGUGCACCUGCAAAAGAAGACAAAAUUCAUGAAUGAAUCAGAGUACAAGGCAGCACAAAACACCAAAAUCAGUUAAAGGAUGCUGCAAGGUCAGCCAACACUCAACCUCUUGCAGCUUUCAGUUACACCCCAGCUAUAAGUAUAGAUCAGCCUCGGCCUCUUCCUCCCCAUUUAUCACAAAGCAACAUCCAAUUAAAGAAAGAGAGGAGCCGAGGAAGGGGGAGGAGGCGAGGGUGAAACAAGAGCAAAGACAAGGACUAGCAGCACAAGUUCAGUGGAGGGACGUCGUCGCUCGACGAGUAAAUCUCAAGUCAGACAGUACCCGUUUGAAAAGGUUAAGCAAACGAGGUUGAUCGAUCGAGGCAGAGGAGGUGUUGGGACUGAAGAUAAAAUAAAAGAAGGGUAGCUAGUGUAGUAUGUCUCCAUACAUGUUAUACUUGUCUUGGAACUCUUCCGCUGCAUAGACCUAGCUUUGUCUCAGUAAAGACAAUGUCCCACUUUUCACUCUGAUGUAAUAACUUGCUAUCUUGAUGACUUUUAGACAGUAUUUCCUUAAUUUCAGUAAUUAUGAUGA